GGCGGCGGCGGCGGCGGCGGCGGCGGCACCAGCAGCGGGGGCGGCGGCGGCGACGGGGAUCGUGACGGCGGCGGCGGCGACGGCCGCGGGGGCCCGGAGCUGAGAGGCGCUGCCGCUCGGACCGGCGCGGUUAUAUUUCACACUAUGUGCUGACUGUAUUUACAGAAGAUAUUUAAAAAACAAACAAACUUUUUUUUUUUGAAAGAUUUUGAUUCCAGUGGAAUCUGUGCUUUAGAUUUUUUGUGUUGUGAAUUGUAACUACUUAAGCAAUGCCUGUACAAGCUCCGCAAUGGACGGAUUUCCUCUCCUGCCCAAUUUGCACUCAGACAUUCGACGAAACGAUCCGAAAGCCUAUCAGCCUAGGCUGUGGCCACACUGUCUGCAAGAUGUGCCUGAACAAGCUUCACCGCAAGGCGUGCCCCUUUGACCAGACCACUAUUAACACCGACAUCGAGCUCCUGCCUGUGAACUCAGCCUUGCUGCAAUUAGUGGGUGCUCAGGUUCCUGAGCAACAGCCCAUUACUUUAUGUAGUGGGGUAGAAGAUACAAAACAUUAUGAGGAAGCAAAGAAAUGUGUAGAAGAAUUAGCAUUGUAUCUGAAACCACUCAGCAGUGCUAGAGGAGUAGGUCUGAACAGCACCACUCAGAGUGUUCUGAGUCGCCCAAUGCAGAGGAAAUUGGUGACAUUAGUCCACUGCCAGUUAGUGGAAGAAGAAGGUCGGAUUCGUGCCAUGAGGGCAGCUCGAUCUUUAGGUGAAAGGACUGUCACAGAACUAAUCCUCCAGCACCAGAAUCCUCAACAGCUUUCCUCAAAUCUUUGGGCAGCAGUCAGGGCCAGGGGUUGCCAGUUCCUUGGACCAGCAAUGCAGGAGGAAGCCCUAAAGCUGGUCUUACUGGCCUUAGAAGAUGGAUCUGCUUUGUCUCGGAAAGUCUUGGUUCUAUUUGUGGUGCAAAGAUUGGAGCCACGAUUUCCUCAGGCCUCAAAAACCAGCAUUGGACAUGUUGUUCAGCUAUUGUACAGAGCCUCCUGUUUCAAGGUGACAAAACGUGAUGAAGAUUCCUCCUUAAUGCAAUUGAAGGAGGAAUUUAGGACAUAUGAAGCUCUUCGUCGGGAACAUGACUCCCAGAUCGUGCAGAUUGCCAUGGAGGCAGGCUUGCGCAUUGCCCCAGACCAAUGGUCUUCCCUUCUUUAUGGAGACCAAUCGCAUAAAUCUCAUAUGCAGUCCAUUAUUGACAAGUUGCAGACCCCAGCCUCAUUUGCACAGAGCGUUCAGGAACUAACAAUUGCUCUUCAGAGGACUGGUGACCCUGCAAAUCUGAACCGCCUGCGACCCCAUCUGGAGCUGUUAGCAAAUAUUGACCCUAGUCCAGAUGCCCCUCCCCCAACCUGGGAACAACUAGAAAAUGGGUUGGUCGCUGUGCGAACAGUGGUGCAUGGACUAGUUGAUUAUAUUCAGAAUCACAGCAAGAAAGGAACAGAUCAGCAGCAGCCUCCUCAGCACAGCAAGUAUAAAACUUACAUGUGCCGAGACAUGAAACAGAGAGGAGGGUGCCCCCGGGGGGCCAGCUGCACAUUUGCACACUCUCAGGAUGAAUUGGAAAAAUUUCGUAAAAUGAACAAACGUCUGGUUCCCAGAAGACCCCUGAGUGCCUCCUUAGGCCAGCUCAAUGAGGUGGGCCUACCUUCAGCAGCUAUCCUUUCAGAAGAAGGGGCAGUGGACCUGCCCAGCAGAAAACCUACUGCCCUGCCGAAUGGGAUUGUGUCAGCAGGGAACACAGUGACACAGCUGAUCCCCCGAGGGACGGACUCCAGCUACGACUCUGGUCUGAAGCCAGGGAAGAUUGAUCACCUGAGCAGCAGUGCUCCUGGAUCCCCUCCUGACCUACUGGAACCUGGACCCAAGAACAUUUCUGCCUUACCUGUGACUCCUCACCCUGUACCUCCCAGGGGACCAACAGACCUGCCUUCCAUGCCUGUUACCAAACCUCUUCCUAUGGUACCACGAGGCUCCCAGCUAUACUCAGCACAACAAGCAGAUGUGUUUUAUCAGGAUCCUCGAGGGGCUGCUCCACCUUUUGAGCCAGCACCUUAUCCACCAGGGAUGUACUAUACUCCAACCCCGCAGUGUGUCUCCCGCUUUGUCCGACCUCCACCAUCUGCUCCUGAACCUGGUCCUCCAUACUUGGAUCAUUACCCACCCUACCUCCAGGAUCGUGUAGUAAAUUCCCAGUACGGGACUCAGCCACAACAGUAUCCACCCAUAUAUCCACCACAUUAUGAUGGCCGUCGUGUCUACCCCACACAGUCAUAUCCUCGAGAAGAGAUUUUCCAGGAAAGCCCAGUACCCAUUGAGAUUCCACCUGCAGCUGUUUCACCUUAUGUACCAGAGGCCAGAGAGAGAUACCAGCAAAUAGAGGGUUACUAUCCAGUGGGUCCACAUCCAAGUCAGAUAAGACCUCCAUAUAUCAGAGAGUCUUACAGCAGACUACCACCUCCUCCUCUGGUCCACCCUAGUCUAGAUGAGUUGCAUCGACGGCGAAAAGAGAUCAUGGCCCAGUUAGAAGAGAGAAAAGUCAUCUCCCCACUUCCUUUUGCACCUUCACCAACCUUGCCUCACUCAUUCCAUACAGAGGAAUAUUUGGAUGAUGACCUGAAAGUUGCUGGGAAAUACAAAGGGAAUGAUUACAGCCAGUACUCACCUUGGUCAUGUGACACCAUUGGCUCCUACAUUGGGACCAAAGAUGCAAAACCCAAAGAUGCUGUGGCAGCAGGCAGUGUGGAGAUGACGAAUGUGGACAGUAAAAGUGUGAGGGACCAGCGGCUAGAGCUUCAACGAAGGGCAGCAGAAACCAGUGAUGAUGACCUCAUCCCAUUUGGUGACCGGCCCACAGUUUCACGGUUUGGCGCCAUAUCUCGAACUUCCAAGACUAUGUAUCAGGGUUCUGGUCCAAUGCAGGCUCUGGCAGCUCAGGGAGCUUCCACCAAAUCAAUAAGCAUUUCUGAUUACAGUCCAUAUGGAGCUCAUGGUGGCUGGGGUGGUUCUCCAUAUUCCCCUCAUCAAACUAUGCCUUCUCAGGGACACUUCACUGAAAGGGAGAGAUUGUCCAUGUCGGAAGUGGCCAGUCAUGGGAAGCCCUUACCCUCUGCUGAGAGAGAACAACUGAGACUAGAGCUGCAGCAGUUAAACCACCAGAUUAACCAGCACACCCAGCUUCGAGGACUUGAGGCUGUUAGUAACAGGCUGCUGUUGCAGAGGGAGACGAACACUCUGGCAGGCCAGCCCCCUCCUCAGCCCCCACCACCACCCCCCAAGUGGCCUGGAAUGGUCUCAAGUGAGCAGUUGAGCUUGGAACUACACCAGGUGGAGCGGGAAAUUGGGAAGAGAACUCGGGAACUGAGCAUGGAGAAUCAAUCUUCUCUGGACAUGAAAAACAAAUUGGGUCCCAGUAAGCAAGCAGAAAAUGGACAACCAGAACCACAAAACAAGGUUCCAGCUGAGGACCUUGCAUUGACAUUCAGUAGUGAAGUGCCGAAUGGAUCAACCUUAUCACAGGAGAACAUCAGCCUCCUGUCAAACAAGACCUCCUCUUUGACCCUGGCUGAGGAUCCUGAAGGAGGAGGAGAUAACAAUGACUCUCAGAGGACAGGAGUCACGCCCAGCUCUGCCCCCUAACAUGAGAGGGGAGCUGCUUUCUUCUUCCCUCAUUUGGUUUGUGGGGUAGAAGGGCACAAGAGUGGUGUUCAUAACCUCCAGACCUUCUGCUCUGAGGGUGGCCAGAGAAACCCAGGCAUAGCGGCAGGUUCGGAGACAGUGUGCACAAACACCACUACUGAGAACAAACCCUGCACAUAGUUCACAUUAAUGCGUUUUUUAAUUAAAAAAAAAUGAAAAUUAGCAGUAUCUGCAAGCAAUUCAGAUUAAAUUUGUUUUUGUUCUGUGAAUGAACUUUAUUUUAAUAACUUUGGACGCCUUGGAUCCAGGGCUUUAAAAAAAAAAAGAAGAAGAAGAUAUUAUAUAUAUACUCUGUUUGAUUAAUUGUAUGAUCUUAAUGAAGUAGGUUUUUCUUUUAUUUUGGUAUUAUUACAUACCCAGUGUAUACUUCUUACCCACAUCCUUCUCUAACUUGCCUCUGUCUUCCCUCUCCCCUCACUUUCCCCCAAACAAAAACCCAGACCAAAAAGCACCCAGACUUCUUGUGUGAAUUUUAAGGUGCUUGAGAGGCAAAUAAUCAGUUACUGACUAUAAUGUCAGAAAAUGUGCAGUAAACUUUCUUUUUAUAAAGUGGGUUUUUUUAAAAAUGGCGAUCAGUAAUAAUACCUUUUUUUCCUUUGCUAAUAAACAUCUUGCCUUUUUGUAUUUGUAUUUCAUUCCAUUCAUGUAGGCAAGUCUUAGGUCCCCCCAUUCCCCAGAAGUUAUCUAUCAUUAAAAGAUUGAAUUUUUAGCCUCAUUGCUGCUAUUACCAUUACCAACUUUCUUCUUGAUAGGAUUAGAAUACCAAUUCACCUUCCAAAACACUUAGCCAGGCUAUAAUGAAAGCAAAUUGUAGCAUGUACAGAAUAUGCUGACUUUCUUCAGUUAACCAGGUCAGAGAUUUUUGUUGCAAAUAUUGAGGGUAGUACCUAGACAUUUGGAGCUCUGUUGUUGGGUUCUGAACUCCAGUUGAAAUCAUGGUGUACUCUGUACAUCUUAUAUGAUAGAAUGUUUCACUUGGUCUUAACUGAAAAUGAAUUCAAUUUCUAGUUCCCUUUUACAUAUCUUGGCUGUUUGGUUUGUCUUACUUUUUCUUUAUGUUGAGAACACAGCACCAGAGACGCUGAAAGCUCUUUGUUUUCAAGAAAGAUGAAAGAAAGCAAAACUGCCUGGCAUUUGACUACAGUCUGAAUGACCAGCCAUCUGUUUUUCUUCAGAAUAGUUAGCAGAAGUAAGUAGUUAAUACCUGAAAAUCAGGUUUAGUGGACCUUCACUAAUGAAGACUUUUUCUUGCCAGCCACUUAAAAGAACAUUUAAUUAUUGCUGCACAUAUUCUGAUAUUUUAUAUCUACAAUGAGCCAAAGCCUCAAAUCUGAUGUUCAGUGGGGAUACUGAUGUAAGUCACCCUUUCUUCCUGUCUAUUACCCUCUCUUGGCCUGAUUGUUUUGUUUUCUUUUCUGUAUUAGACUACUAAAUCAGAAAGCACUGGUUAUGUAAUAAGUUACUGCAUUGCUUUGGUUGGGUAAAAGCAAGAGUUAAUAUUUUUCUUGUUUAUUAUUUUUUUCUUAACCCUUAACUCCUGCUAAGGUUAUAGCAACCUUGGGCUAAGCUUUUUGUCCAUCAUACUGUUAAUUAAGGGGGGGGAGGGGGAAGGUGAUACAGUCCUGCCAUUGCCUACCAGUAGGAGAGUCCAAACAGAACACUCUUUUGAGUAGCAAUUAUUUAAUUUGCCCAGUCAAGGCACCGCAUUUAUAUACUAUUUCACAUUGAAUUUGAUUAUGCCCUACAGACCUGGCUGGUCAAGGAUUUGAUAUACACAUAUUGGCUUGGGAUUCGAGCUUUCUUUUUUAUUUAAAUAAAAAUUUAUAUAUAUAUAUUAUAUAUAUAUACACAUAUACAUAGUUAUAUCUGUAUAUAUAUUAAGUAUGUUUUAAGGAUUUUUUCGCAUGAGCGCAGCUGUUGCGGUCAAAUGUCCGAUUGGGAGGUAGAAGCACUGAACUUGAACAAAAACUAAACCUUUUUUCCAGUUAUAGCCACAUUUUUCUUUUUUGCUCACUUGAAAUUCUGAUUUUCUACCUUUUGAACUUUGACUUCAUAGUAGUUAAGCCCCUAAGUUGAUUCUUCUUUUAAUGCCUAUUUUCCAUUGGGGAGAAGGAGAUGGGCUUCUUUAUCCCUGAUGGAUUCUCAAGUUUUCUACAGUUCAUUUUUCUGUACAACCAAAAGGCAAUGUGUAGAUCUUUCAUCAAAGAAUGAUUUGGACAAAUCCCUUUUCUCAUUUGGACAUGUUAGAUAAUUCCUUCAUUUAAGAGGCAAGUUGAUUAAUUUUUGAGGUAUGAUGCAUUUCAAUGGUAGAAGCAGCUCUAAAGAAGUUUUAGGGACCUUGAUUGAAUAGCAGCACAGAACAAAGGCAAAGAUCCAUAUGGAGGUUUCUUUGAGGGGAAAAAACAGUGAGUUCUACUGUUAGUUCAGCCCUCACUAGCUUACUUUUAUCUUUUUUCUUCAGGGACAUAUUAAAAUUUUUAGUGAUACAAAAGAUUUUUCCAACCAGGUUAAAUUUACAUAUUUUCAUCUAUGUGAGUAAACCAAGAAAUUCUCUUGUUUGAACCUAAAUUUGUAAACACCUUGUUUUUAUUCUUAAAUAUGUAAUUUUAAAAAAAAACAAUCUCUAAGUUAUUGCAUGUGUUAACUGCUUCUGAUUCCCUAUUUUUGUAUUUCAGAAAAACUUUUGGUAGGCAAGAUGGUCAUUAAAACAAUACUUAUAACUUGUUUACUCCAAAUCCAUCUACUUUUCCUCAUGAUAGUUGUAAUCACAAUAAGAAUAAAUUUCCCUCUGUGUACAGCAGCAAAAGAAAAUCCAAAAUAUCAUAUAUGGUGGUUUCCCUGUCUUGUAUCCAAGCUGCAUUUUGUACACAAUAUGUCCUUGUUGCGAUUAACUUGACCAGGUGAAAUGUCCUCUUUGGGCAUGAUCUACUUGGCUUUUAUGAACUCCUUUUUGUUAAUAGCUACAAAAGCUAUUGAAUUUUUUUCUCUAACUUGCUUGGGUUAGUUUUAAAUCUCUGGUGGUCUUUUCCCUAUUUCCUUGGAGAAAUUAGCAAGUUAAACCAGUCAAGUUAGAAAUAUAGUUUGCAAACUUUACACUUUUAGAAAAUUUAAUUUUUUCUGAACACUAUUUUAUAGUCUCUUCUUAUCAUUGAGUUUCCUGGGAAAUCGAAAAAACUGUAAAUAUUAUACCUCCACUGUAAAGAACUAUUGGUUGACACAAUGGUUUUUAGAAAAAAUAAUUUCUUCUAAAUAUUAUUGUUUCUUCAGGAUAGCAAAAACAUUCAUUUCCUGUUCUGUUUAUGCAGUCAGGUUAAUGGGAAGUUGGCUUACCUGGAAUGUACCAGAAAAGUAAAGUUUAAGGCAUGAUCUAAUGUAUGGCCUUUUUUCCCAGCAGCUUUAGAAAAAGCUAGAGGCCUGAUUAAAGGUGAGCAUGUUAAGGGCAAGAGUGUAAAAGCAUUGCUCUGUGAUAAUUAAUUCUCUUUUCAGCUAGCAGAAUAAGGGUUUUGUUGUGGUAGAGGAGGUUAAACUAAAAAUGCUCCUUCAGGAUUUUUCACAGGUUAUCUGGAAGAUGAUUUUUUAGAUCCGAUUGCCUUUCUGAAGUAUGUAGUUCAUUUUACCUUAAUAUUUUUAAAGUAAGUCCAUCACUUAUGAUAAGUCUGUAGUUCCCUUAUGUGCCUUUGAAGAGAAUGAAAUGACUGAGGGCUCGUUCCUUGUGACCUUACUGGUUAAAGGGAGAGUUUAUCCUACAAUGACCACAUUCAGAGAAAUGUUUGACACAAUUCUGCCUCUAAAGGCUAGCCCUAGAUAAUUAGCCAGAGAGCAGGGAAGCACAGAGACAUUUGACCUAAUACUGUGGGGGUGAUUCCUUUUCUUCACCUUAUCCAUCCCCUGUUCCUUACUUGCUCUUUUCCACAAUUUCUCAUUUCAUUUAUCCCAAAAGACAGGAAACUUGUAUGAGUCUCACUUGCCACUUUAAACAAUUCCAUCAUAUCACAGAAUAGGAAUUCUAAAAACAUUUCGAAUUUUGCAGCACUGUGCUUAGAUUUAACCCCAAAAUAGUUCCUUAGCUGUCUGGUUUCUUUUAUCAAUUUCCCAUUAUGCUUAUUCUCCUUGGCUCACCCACCACCCUCCCCAAUCGUGCAACAGUGACAGCUUGCUGCCUCAAAACAGAGCAUUCAAAUGAAUUCGCUUAGCCAAUAACUUCUGUGAAGUUGCCUUUUCUAAUGGUGUUAUUACUCAGUGAUGCACAAAUGUGGUAUUGCCCUACUGGUAGGCAAACAAAGGUCUGAUUAAGAAUGAUAGCCUGCUAUUUUCUUUAAAGGAGAGCCAAAGACUUGUGCUUUACUCUGUUUUGGUUUGGGGGAAUUGGUAGCCUUUUUUGAUUGUGAAACCAUUUAGUGUUUAUUAGUUGACAGUACUGUGCAGACAGAUGUGUCUAAAGUUAACUGCUAACGCCUUAUAAAGAUAGUGAAAAGUAAUUUCUUUAAUCUGAUUAGUCUCAUUUUUUUACAGUAGCAUGUUUUAAGAACCUCAUUGCUUUCAUGACACGUCUUAUAUCUCUUUGUACUCUCAGCCUCUUUUAACUUGGUAUAUAAAGAGAAAAGAGGCUAAUAUUGCAAUCAAGUCAUGGGACUCAACAAAUUAAUUAUUGAACAAUUCACUGAUUAAAAAUGGUGUUAAGACAUAUAGCUAGUAAGCAAGGUACAUUUAUAUUGUAUUUGGGAAAAUUUCUUACAAGAACAAGCAGAGUUGUUAAAUGUAGGUCCUUUUUACCAAAGAGGAUAUAGUUAAACAUUACCGAUCUCCCAUUAGUAAAGGAAGAAUCAUUUAGUUUUUUUAAAUAUCUUAUAAGGAACUUAAGACUAUUUAUCACCUCUCUUCACUUUUUCAUUUUUUAGGGAAUCCAUGUAUAAAAUCUUUUAAAGCACCACUGAAAUUUUUUUAUUGAAAGUAAUAGUAGUGUUGAAUAUCAGUAAUUUAAACUUCUCCCACCCCAGUUCUUCUAACCCCAGUAUCUUCUCCAAUAAUAAUUGCUCAGUCUAUCACUAAGUUAUCUGUAGUGAGCUAUUAUCUUAGAUUCCCAAGUGGCAAGAGAGAAUGAGAGUGAGUGUCUGUGUCUGACCUUAAAACACAUGUGUUUAUUGAGGCAGAACUGUCAGACUGAAGAAAAAUGUAAGCAGAACACCUGAAAUAUAUAAUAUGAUGACUCUCAUAGCAUUACUUGGCUCUGAUAUCCAACCUUAAUUUGCCUUCAUUCAUUUAUUUAUUCCUUCCUGCUCUGACGUUGGCUAAAUUCAAGUUCAGUAUGAUCAUUUUUGUGUUCUCAGAUGAUUCUUGUAUUUAAAAGUAGCGUGGCUCCUCUUUUUUUUUAAACUCCAGCUUUGUAUGUUUUAGAGAAUUCUGCUGAAAAGACUUUAAGUUUGUACUUUUUAGGUGUAUUAGAUUUAACACAAAGUAUUCUUAAAUCAGCUUUUUAGUCACUUCAGAAAUAUUUUUAAUGGGGAAUUUACAUUUUUUUAGAAAGAACAGCUAACUUUGAAUACUUAAACUUUAAUCUUAUAGAUUUUAUGUAAUUACUAAAAAGCAAAGAAGUUUGUCUAAUGGAUCAUUAGGAUCCAUAGUUGGCUGUCACUAGUAAUGGAUGCUAAAUAAGCUCUUGCUUUGGUGAUAAAGAAUAAGGAAACUAUCACUAAAAAUACCAGGAGUGAGAACUAUUUUCCCAUUAGGUAAACUUUUCUGUAUUGUGCUGAGCAAAGUGGUUAAUAGCCUUUUGAAAUCUUGUUAUGAAAAGGGACAAGAGAUGCAUAUCUCUAUUAGGCUAGUGGUUUUUUAAAUAGUUAUUUAAACUUUAGCACAUCUUUAUCUGCCCCUGGGUUUUCAUCCAAAUAAAAAAUUCCUUCCAGACCAAAAGCUUUGGCACAUCUUUCCAUUCUGUUUUCAAUUCCCCUCACCACCAUCAUCUCCCUCUCCCUCUGCCACCAUCCCCCUCACCCCCCCCCCCCAAAAAAAGAAAAGAUCCCUAGAGUAAUAACACUUUCUUUGGGCUAGAGGGAGAGACUGUUAGUUUACCAAAAAGAUCAGGUGUACAGAGAUGAGUGUGCAUUAAAUGCAAAAAUAUAAACCUGUGGAAUAUUAAAUGUUUAUUAAACAUUUUAAUGACUGAGUUCUUAUAUUGAGGUCUCAGCCUGGUUGGAGGGUGGAAGAGGAAAUUCCACCCUCAGCAGGCAAAGCUCAUAAGUCUUUGGCAUCCAAAAACAGUGUGCACUCAGUCGUCUUACAACUGUCCUGUUGCCCUUCCUGAUUUUGUACUUUAAAAACUAUAGAGGCGUGAGUUUGUUACCUGUAGCUUUUAGUAGUACCAUAGAUUGGCUUGAUCCCUCUGCUUUGGUUUGGCUGUCAUUCAAAUAGUCCUUGAAACAGCCCCACAAAAAUUCCUUUGUUUUCUGAUUUAGGUGGUUUUGAAUUUUCACUUUAGCUUGUGCAUGCCCUAUAUUUUUCUUUAUGCUCCUAAGGAACCUCCCAGGAAAACGCUACUCUCUUCCACGUAUAUCAUUGCCAACAUUUUUGGUGCUUUUGUGCUUCCCUUCUGGUAACUGGAACUUGAAAUAGUCAAAAAUCUUUUUUUUCCUUUCGUUUUUUUAUUCAUUGGUCCAGGUACAUGAUCAUUUUGCUUUUGGAUAGAUUUGUGGUUUUGAGGAAAGAAUAAGAACUGAAGAAGGAAGGAUUAAGGUGUAGUCAUGGGAUGCAAUUUUUGAACUCUAGUUAUGAGGUUCUUUUUAUGGCAUGUGUGGUUUCCCUCUUUUUGUCUUUUUAUCUGACUAUGGUUAUUUAGUCUUUAGGCUCAUACCAGUCUCCCCCGAGACAUUCUGCAGUCAUUAUCACCUUUUUGGGUGGAAUUUUAUUUUAUUUUAUGUUGUGGUUUUUUUUUUAAAAGUAACUUUUUAACAUUGGUGCAUAUAUGCUUGGGUUAGAGCUCAUGUAAUUUACCAAUCGUAUUGAUUGUAUGUGAUUGUGCCCUGCAGAGGUAUAUUUAACAAAGCAAAAAUAGUCUAGGUUAAUAAAGGAGACCAUGAGAUUUGAGUCAGGUUAUGAGUAACUUCAUAAAAUCACUUAGGAUUUUGGAUAAGUGAAAAUUCAUAUCUACUGUUCUAAAUCAAUGUUAAAAUCAUUUGUUUAUCUUUGUUGUAGUAGGAUCCCCCUCCCCUUUUUCCUGUGCCUCAGCUUCCUACACUCUUCCUAACUUACCUCUUCAAAAAUUUUUUUCAUUGAGCCUUACAGCUACAGCCAAUGAAGAAAUUGCUGAAUUUUCUAAAUGAUGAUUACAUUUCUUCUCAGGUUUCAACACCCCACCCCACCCCCCCCAAAGUGAGUGUAACAAAUGUUGGGUGAAAUUUUGCAAUCCGCGAACCUAUAUUGAAAUCCAUUAGAAUUUGAGGAACCUGAAAGUGUAUAUCCUAAAAUUCCUUUUGUUUACUUUUUUGUCCAAAGCCUUUUUAAACAUUAUGUGAGGUAGAAAGGAAGAAGCAGUAGUUACAAAUGCAAAGGACAGCAAGCAGCACCUAACGGGUCUCAAAGAGUGCAUAUUUCAUUUGUCAUAAGUUUUUUCAGAGAUAUAGAGCCAAUUUUUUUCAAGUUUUUGUUAGGGGGAAAUUGUGUGCAUGUUGUUCAUAUAGAAGAUGCCACUUUUCUUCCCUUUCUCCCAUCCCCUGACUCAGCCUCAUGUUGCUCCUAUAUAGUGUUUAAGGCUCCUAUAUGAGUUGCAGAUAAGAAAAUUUAUUUUAACAAUGUGGAAGGGAGGUGAUUCACCUUUUGGUUUGUAAAUAUGUGAAAAUGUCUUCAAGGUCUUAUCUGCUUUCUGUCAGCAUUUAUAUUAAAUGAUAAAUUAAUGAAAAAA